GGGUUACCGUUGUGCGACUAAAGUUGCAAUUUGCAACCUUUUUGAUGAUCUGUGACUAUAUGUGCAACUUUUUUAUUAUCUUCUAAUUUUGCCACUUUUUAAACUUUGUGCGACCUUUUUGCGACUUUUUUAUUGCUCAACAAUAUAAGUUCUAUUCUUUUUUAUUUGGUAUAGUGCAUUUAUAUUGUACUGGAUUUAGUGUACAGUAUUUCACAUAUAUGUCAAAUAAAUCAUCAUAGAUGAGGUAAACCCUGUAAAAGUUCAAAUGUACAUGCCGUUCAAAUUCAAACUAAUUUCACGUCGCUAUUGCUAACGCCGUACGCUGCAAUUAUGCGACACAGUAGUUUGAUCAGUUGUUUGUGUUACCUUUUGAUCAUUAUUCUUUGAAAAACGAAAACAACGACAUUGGCGAAAGAGGAGUGCAAUUAAAUAUAUAAUUAAAAAUAAAGAGUACAGCAUUAAAUUGAAUUCAGUGAAGUAAAUAAUUAGUAUUUUGUGUUAUUUUGAAAACAAUAUUCAGUUUUUAGACGCUUGUGCUCAUUUUAUAUUAAAAACAAGUGUUUGUAAAAAUCUUCUAUGGACAGAUUUAUUGUUAGAUCAAAAAGAAAGGCUGACGAUGAAUCUCCCAACAAAGCAAGGCUGACCCUGGGCAAAGGAGCUGACACGAUAAUUGAAACAAGUUCAGAAUCUGAAAAGAACACCGAGUCCGAAUCGGAAAAUGAUGAAGAACCUUCAUGUUCCUCCAAAAAACGCAAUAUUUCCCGGUAUUAUUCCAAGGAAUGGGAGAUGCAAUACAGGUGGCUUAAGCAAGAUGGUGAGACAAAGCGGCCCCUGUGCAUUGUUUGUAAACAACUUUUGUCAAACCAAAAAAACCAUCUUCGACGACAUGCUGAAACAAAGAAACAUCUUAGUAACAUAACCAAAACAUCUGAAAAUGCGAAAAUACAACUGACUGAUUAUUUGCCACAUCGAAAUACAGACUUACGAAAACAUGUCGCUAUUGCUGAAAUUAAGUUGGUGUUACGUGCAAUUACAAAAAACCAAUCUUUCAAUUCUAUGGACGGACUUGGUAAAUUCAAUUCCAUGAUUUUUCCUGAUUCAAAUAUAGCUAAAUUGGUAUGUAAACAUAUUUUGGUACCAAAAAGCAAUAGGUAUAUAUAUUGUUUAAUUAUUAAGGUAUCAUGUGGUCGUACAAAAUCAACUGCAAUUGCACAGUUUCUCGGUAAAGAAGGUCAACUCGCUAUAGUCUCUAAAAUGCAAAAACAACAAUUUAGCCUCAUUAUAGACGAGACAACCGACAUUUCCAUCAAUAAAUGUCUAGUAAUGGUAGUGAGGCAAUUCAACAAGGACCGAGGAAAGACUGAAGAUAAUUUUUUUCAAUUAGUACAACCAGAAAAUGGAAAAGGCGAAACAAUUUGUAAUGCCGUUAUUGAAUCACUAGAAAAUAAUAAGAUUCCCUUAGAAAAUUUUAUCGGGUUUGCAACUGACAACGCUUCCAGUAUGGUUGGGAAAAACAUUGGGGUGUCUAGUUUAUUAAAAAAGAAAAUCCCCCACCUGUUCCAUCUUGGUUGCGUUUGUCAUUCUGUAAAUCUUAUGAAUAUUUCAGCUUUGAAAUGUAUACCAGAAGAAGUUGAAAAGUUACCCAAGAACAUUUAUAAUUUUUUCAAAAGUUCAAACAGGCGAGUAGAUUUUUCAGAAUUGCAGGAUAUGUUCAAUGUCCCAGAACACAAGCUUUUAAGUCUUUCGGAUACUAGAUGGCUUUCGUUCGAGUCGGUGGCAAAACGAAUUGUAGAACAAUGGACGAUAUUACAACAUUAUUUCCUUCGGGCUCAAUGUGAAGAAAAAUGUCCAAGGACAAUGGAUAAAAUACGUGCAAUUCAAGAUGGAUUGUCGUCUGAAAACCUCAUUUAUUUAAAAUUCUUGGUAUAUAUUUUGGGUCUUAUGAAUAAAUUUAACAAAUGCUUUCAAAGCGAGUCAUCACAAAUAGUAUACCUGAUUACAUAUACAAAGGAAAUUUUACUCCAAAUUUUACAAAAUUUCCUGAAGAAGGAACAUAUAUCGGUCACAAAGCUAGAAAGUAUAAAUUUUAAAGAUACACAUAAUAUAAAAGAUGUUUUAAAUAUAUAUAUAGGUCAUGAAGCUGAAACAGAAAUGCAAGCUAAAAAUAUACUUGAUGUUGAAUGCAUAACUAUAAAAAACAAUAUUUUAAAAUUUUACCAAAAACUUUGUGACGAGAUACUGUCAAGGAUAAAUAUAAACGAUAAACAAUUAAAUGUUUUAAGAGUUUUGCAACCAACAUUUUUUACCUCAAACGAAGACUUUAAUUAUAUUGAUCUCAUAUAUGAAUUUAAUUAUAUUAUAAGUGAACCUGAAGCUUUUAUUAGCGAAUUCAAACUAUUAGAAAGUAAAGUUAAUGAUAAGUCAUACAAACACAUUUUUAACAUUAAAAAUGUUGAGAUUUUUUGGCAUACUAUAGGUAGUUUAAAAAAUGCUUUAAACGAACCUUUAUAUUUACACCUAUACGAUUUUGCCGCACAUGUAUUAACCCUGCCCCAUAGCAGCGCUUCUGCGGAAAGAAUUUUUUCUAAAUUAGGACUAAUGAAAACAAAAUUAACUAAUAGAUUAAAUGUAACAACUUGUGGAUCCAUGCUAUCAGCUCUAAAUUUGCUAGAUGCAGGAAUAGAGGAAUGGAAUCCCAGUGAUGAUCUCGUACAAAAAUACAGAAACGAAGUUUCAAAAAAAUGAAAUUAUAAUUUAAUUUUGUAUUAUUUUUUAUUGAAUUGUUAUUUAGUUUUAUGUUUUUUAUGUUUUAUGUUCUUUGUUUGAAUAAAAAUCUUCAAAAUUAA